UUUAACGCACAUUCAUAUUUAUAUGUCAAAACCGCUGAGACGUAUCGAGGAACUCACGUGACACGAGCAGACGACAGAACGUUGCUAUCAGCCGAGAAAAUACCGCUGCAGGUCCGUGACCGACAUACGGACAGCUGUGGUGAAUUUGAGUUGUGGUGAGUUGGCUGGUCAAUCCGCUGGUAUCUGCUAUUGUGGCUAUAAAAAUGCAACAUUUGUAAUCGUUAGCGGAACCUUGAUUGUGUAAACCGUCAAUCAACAGACGCGUGGAUCUAAAUGUUCGGCUUCGGCGUCACCAGACCGUGGCCUUGCUGCUUGACUGUGAACCUUUGCACCGUGUUCAAACGAAAGCUUCCUUUGUGUACUGGUGAACUCAGAUGACACGUCUGUGGUUGUUCGAUCCAUGUCAGUGUGUACAGUACUUGUCGAUAGCACUGUAGUUUCAACGGAUGUGAAUGACUUCGUACAGUAACGGCUGAAGCGCAUGUCUUGUGAGCUUUCUCGACGCAUCGUGAUCUGAUAACAUCAGUGUUUUGAUCAGUCAAGCUACUCCAGUUUCCGGAGAACAUGGCGAACUUCGACGAUAUUCUCCGACAUCUGGGGGAGUUCGGCAGGUACCAGAAAUGGGUGUACUUCCUGUUGUGCCUCCCAGCUAUACCCCACGGGGUCAGGAUGAUGAUCAAUGUUUACCUGCUCAACGUCCCCGACCACAGAUGCGCUAUCCCUGGCUACAACAAUGACACUUACGCCGUGCAGUCCAAGUACCACGCCGAGCUCAUCAACAAGACCAUACCCUUUGUGAAGCGUGACGGGAAGCUCCAGUACGACCCGUGUCACUUGUACUUCUCCAGCGGCCAAACAGCAUCAUCUAACAGGACCAUCGUAGGAUGCAAUAAAUGGGUGUACGAUAAGUCCGUGUUCCAGUCGACCGCUGCCACAGAGCUGAACAUGGUAUGCAACAACGCAAUACAGUCUUCUAACGCACAGAUGAUCUUCAUGGGGGGAUAUUUUGCGGGAGCAUUCAUAUUCGGUGCACUGGGUGACAGGGUCGGGCGACGCAAGGCGCUGGCUCUGUCUAUUGCGAUCCUAUUUGUUGGCGGUCUUGCUCUCAACUGGGCAUCCACCUACAUCGUCUUUGUUUUCCUUCGCUUCAUCAACGGCGCCUGUACCGCAGGGAUGUUCACCACGUGCUUCGUGAUUGGUAUGGAAUUUGUUGGUCCUUCUAAACGGGUGUGGGCCGGUAUCAUCACCAAUUUUUUCUUCACAAGUGGCUAUGCCUUCUUGACGGGAGUGGCCUUCUUCAUCAGAGACUGGCACACUCUGGAGCUGGUCAUGGCGGCGCCUGUCGGAAUCUUUCUUAUAUACUGGUGGAUAAUUCCAGAGUCCCCAAGAUGGUUGCUCAACGUCUCCCGGACUGAGGAAGCGGAAGUGAUUAUACGUCACGCUGCACGUGUCAACAAGGUCACAAUCCCCGACAGUGCCAUGCAGUUCGAAAAAGAAGACAGGGAUUCCAAACUAAAAAUGCCCAAAACCAGCAUCUUGCAGUUAUUCACUCAUAGGACAUUACUCGUCAGAACAAUCGUUCUAUUUUUCUCCUGGAUGACAGUGAGUGUAGCCUACUUCGGUCUGUCGUCCAACACAGACAACCUGGGCGCCGGCAGCCUGCACCUCAACUCACUGUUGGCCUGUCUGGUGGAGUAUCCAGCUAGCAUCCUCUGUCUGCUACUCUUGGACAGGAUGGGGAGAAAAGCACUGCUGUGUGCCUUCAUGACGCUAGGGGGAGCAGCCUGUAUACUUUCAGUCAUCACUAUUUUAUUUGUGAACGACGCCAAUCAGUGGAGCACAGUCACACUGUCAAUGAUAGGGAAGAUGUGUGCCUCGGGUGCAUUCGGCGUGGUGUAUGUGUACUCGACGGAGAUAUUCCCGACUGUUGUACGGAGUUCAGCCCUGGGCCUCAGCUCAUCUUUUGCCAGGAUAGGCGGCAUGGUGGCCCCUUACUUCAUAGACCUGGGCAAAGAGGUCGGGGGGAAAUGGGGACGGGCGUUGCCUCUCCUCCUGUUCGGGUGUCUGGCUUUUGUGUCCGGUCUUCUCGAUCUUUCUCUACCAGAGACACUCAACAGGGAUCUGCCAGAGACUUUAGAAGAUGCCAAAAACUUUAGCAGGAAAAGGCCUUAUCCUCGCCUGAUAAACGGCGACGCAGAUGGGACAGACGAAUCCAAUGUCAGCCAGCCGCUGCUCUCAAGCACAUAACGAUGUGUCGUCACUGACAGACCUAGAAAAAUGUGACAACAUCAACAAUCGAUUCUCUGAUGAACAAAGAGUACUGUUCAACUGCCACCUUGACACGUGCCUGCUUCAUCCACUAGGUUUGACUGGAAGUCGGAAUGCUGUCAUGAAGAGUUGUUGACAAAUAAGAGAGAGAAAGAGAAUUUUUUAUUCAGGUCUCACCGACUGUACAGAACUCACAGUUUUUGUUAUUUAUAUGCCACAAUGGCGUACACAUUAUUAAUAUAGAUGGUAAAGUAAAAAACAUUCAUAUCUUCUCAUCAGCAUAUAUACAUGAUAAAAAUCACAAUCGUACAGACAUAUCUACCUGACCAUAUCCAACAGAACAAACAAAUUGUAGACUUUAACGUGUUAUCAAUGUACCGUUUUGUUACACAAGGAAUAUUUAAGCACAUAGAAAACAGCAUUGACAAGAUAGAUGUAUGAUGAAACAAGGACUGAUUGACACUGGAUAGAUUAUAGCUGUUUCCGAUUGACGAAUCAUCCCAGUCCUUCACCGACGUUAAUACCAACGGUUGGAGGCCUGUGCUAUGAUGACACGACAUUCGUGUUCUAUGCAUUUACCCCUACUUAUGUAUGUCAUCAGUUACUGCAAUCUUGCCAUAUUGCAUAUAAACAAUGUAUUACAUGUGAAAUCACGACUCCCUAAUACUCAAAUCAAACUAUGGACACUGCCCUGAUACAAUGUGUGUUCAAGUGAUUGUGUGCUGUGAUUGUGUGCUGUGAUUGAGGAUUUGAUGAGUCUGAAUUAUGAAAUGCAAAUAUAACAUUUAUGUUACUUUUGAUCGGUUCACGUAUGAAUUAUCAAAUAUUUUUGAUUACGAAUUUUAUUCGUUGAUAAGGUCAUUUAAACAUAUUUUAUUGUCCUUGAGACAAACGUAUCAGAUACAUUAUCCUGGGGUGAAUACACGUUUCGUUUUAUAACAAUGAUGAUGGAUAUAGGUAGAGCACCACAUACUUAAAUAUGCAUCUUAAGAAUAUCUGUUUAUGAGUUUUACGCAAUGAUGUGAGGUUCCCUGACAACUAGGCCGCAUACUAUAUGAUGAACAAAGGGAAUCAAGUGCUUCAUGCGUUCUGAGAGAUCCAAUGUUUUCUCGCACAGUUUUGUAUGUGUUGCAUUUUAUCACAAUAUACAAUGUAUUACAAUAUUUUGUAGUAUAGUAAUGUAUACUCACACGCGAAAGAAACGCAAGUCGAGUAUGCAGUAUACAUGUUAUUUAUUUUCAACAGUAAAGACAAGAAAUACUAAUACGGCAAGAUUGACAAAAAUUUGACUGAACACAGUUUAAUGGAUUAAAAGGC